UCAGAGAUGACCAAGACGUAUGCCAAGGCCAAAGAGAUGGCGGAGCUCGUGAGCACCCAAGCCUGGAUGGAUGACACGCUGAGCUCUAAAGAUGAGCUGAAGGAAGAGGACGGCAGGCAAGGUCCUUUUGGAUUGAUGUCUGGCUUGAAUGAAGAGCACGACAGCAUUGAGGAAGAAGAGGAGGAAGAGGAUGAUGGGGAAAAGCCGAAAAGAAGAGGACCAAAGAAGAAGAAAAUGACCAAGGCGACCAAUGCCCGGGAGCGCACGCGGAUGCAUGGCCUGAAUGAUGCUCUUGACAACCUGAGGAGGGUGAUGCCCUGCUACUCCAAGACUCAGAAAUUGUCCAAGAUUGAGACACUGAGGCUGGCGAGGAACUACAUCUGGGCUCUGUCUGAGGUGCUCGAGACGGGGCAGACUCCUGAAGGGAAGAGCUUUGUGGAGAUGCUCUGCAAGGGCUUGUCCCAGCCCACCAGCAACCUGGUGGCCGGCUGUCUGCAGCUGGGACCACAGACCUUGUUCCUGGAGAAGCAUGAAGAAAAGUCCCCGGUGUGUGAAUCAGCCAUAUCCAGCCACUCCUUCAGCUACCAGUCCCCAGGGCUCCCAAGCCCACCCUACGGGACGAUGGAAACACAUCUGCUGCAUUUAAAGCCUCCGACCUUCAAGAGCUUGGUGGAUGCUUCCUUUGGAAACCAUCCCUCUGACUGCACCACUCCCCCCUACGAGGGUCCCCUGACGCCGCCCCUGAGCAUCAGCGGGAACUUCUCAUUGAAGCAAGAUGGCUCUCCAGACCUGGAUAAAUCCUACCCCUUCAUGGCCCACUAUCCUUCAGUCAGCCUGGCUGGAGCACAUGGACAUGCCUCUCACUUCCAAAACACGGUGCCCCGCUACGAGAUCCCCCUAGACAUGAGCUAUGAGUCCUACCCACACCACGUGGCCGGGCCUCAGCUCAACGCCAUCUUCAAUGAAUAG